UACUACUCGUCCACAGAUACAGACAGAGUUCUACUUGCUCAGAGUCAACUGAAGUGAUCCUCGCAGCCUUCAGAUUGCAAGAGGUCUGAAAGUAACCUGGUUUGAUCCCAGAAACCUACAUCAACAACACAACGAGAUGUCUGGCGUGAAAAGUGUCCAAUUCCUGCGUUCGUCUGUUCAGCCAUGGCUGCAAAUCUCAAGCCGCACUUUGACCCAAAGUGGUUCCAGCUCCUCAGCCGCUCCCGCCGCUCAGGCUAGUAGCUCGAGCGAGCCCUCAGCGACAGGUCUGCGCUCGGCUCAGACCAAGACCUUUUCCAUCUAUCGAUGGAAUCCUGACAAGGCCGGAGAUAAGCCCACCAUGCAGAACUAUGAGGUGGACUUGAAUGCCUGCGGGCCCAUGGUCCUGGACGCUCUCAUCAAAAUCAAGAACGAGAUGGACCCGUCCUUGACCUUCCGCCGCUCUUGCCGAGAGGGAAUCUGCGGAUCGUGCGCCAUGAAUAUUGGUGGCGUCAACACCUUGGCCUGUAUCAGUAAGAUCGACACCUCGGGCAAGACCACCAAAAUCUACCCCUUGCCUCAUAUGUACGUGGUCAAGGAUUUGGUGCCCGACAUGAACCAUUUCUAUGAGCAAUACCGCUCCAUUCAACCUUGGCUCCAACGUAAAGACGAAAGUUCCUUGGGCGGUGGCGACAAGCAACUCCUCCAAUCCACUGAAGAUCGGGCCAAACUGGACGGCCUGUAUGAGUGCAUCCUGUGCGCUUGUUGUUCGACUUCUUGUCCCUCCUAUUGGUGGAAUGGUGACCGCUAUUUGGGCCCCGCUGUCUUGAUGCAGGCCUACCGGUGGAUUAUUGACUCUCGAGACCAAACGACCGAGGCCAGAUUAGACAAGCUCAAGGAUCCUUUCUCCGUGUACAGAUGCCACACCAUCAUGAACUGCACGAAGACCUGUCCCAAGGGCUUAAAUCCCGGCCGAGCUAUUGCUGAAAUUAAGAAGCUGUUGGCUGGCAUUGCCCAGAAAGGUGAACCCGGACUUGAAGGAACAGCUACCAUCACCAGGGCCUGAUGGGAAAGCGAAAAAAGAACCUGACGAAAGAAAAAUUAUAGCUUAUGCUUAGUAAUUGAUUCAGUAUCUUGGGUGUUACCUUGAAGCUUAUGGAAAUAUACACUUUUACGUUGA